CUUCUGGAAAUUUUUUCCCAAGCGUAAAAAUUACAUGUUUGUUGUAAUUUUACUUGAAUGAAUUUGUGAAAAGUGAAUGAAUUGUGAAAAAAUGUGUCCAUAUGGAUUAAAUGUGAUUGUUUAAACUAAUAAUGUGGAUUGAUAUCAACAAUUAAUUUGUCAACUGGACGGAAAAACAGUUUGAUCACAAAUAAUUACUUUGAUUUACUACAUUCCAAGCCAAUUAUCAUUUUAAAAACACAUCAGUAUCAAUGGCUAAAGUUGGCUAUUGGUGGAGUGAAAAGAAAACCCAACGAUUUAACCAAAGUGAAUUGGAACUUAAACUAUCUGCCAUCGGAUUCAAUCUGGUUAGGCUUGACCUGGACACCGAUAUAGCCAAACAAGGACCUUUCGUCGCCAUCAUUCAUAAAUUAUCGGAUAUCCUUAUAAAGGCAGAUUCUGGUGAUGAAAAAGCUUCUGGCAUUAUCAAUGCUUUCCAAAAUUAUGUUAACACAAACCCAGAAGUUGUCAUAAUUGACCCUUUACCCAAUCUUCGGAUACUUCUUAGCCGGUAUGAACAAUAUAAAAUUAUUAAGGAUUGCCCAUUAGCCUUUAAGGAAGGGUUUUCAACUCCUACUUUCGUGGAAUUGACCAGUAAAGAUUGUGAAAUCAAUCGACAAAAAUUGAUUGCCAAUGAUGUUAAAUUUCCAUUUGUUUGUAAACCUUUGGAAGCUCAUGGAGGUUCUUUUGCUCAUCAGAUGUCUAUAAUCUUCAACGAAAAAGGAUUGAAAGAUAUUAAUCCACCUUGUGUUGCCCAAACCUUCAUCAACCAUAAUGCAAAGUUGUUCAAGAUUUUUGUAAUUCAUGAGAAAUAUUUUGUUGUUGACCGACCAUCUUUGAAAAAUUUCAAAGCCGGAGGUUAGUAAUGUGACGUUAGUAAUUAGA